CAUAAAAUAUUUGAAUGGUGGUUGACGUGCCAAACCCGGAAGUUGGUGACGUCUCAGACAAAACAAAGAUGGCAGGAAUGGGAAGCAGUAACUACUGGGAAGAUCUUCGAAAACAGGCCAGGCAAUGGGAGAAUGAACUGGACCUGAAGUUGGUGUCCUUUAGUAAACUAUGUACCAGCUACAACAGCCCAAGGGAUGGCCGGCGAGGAGACACGUCAGACACCACACCGUUGUUAAAUAACUCGACUCAGGACAGAAUGUUUGACACCAUGUCAGUGGAGAUUGAACAGCUGCUGGCCAAACUGACGACAGUGAAUGACAAGAUGGCAGAGUACACCAAUGCUCCAGGCGCAGCUUCUCUGAAUGCCGCACUCAUGCACACCCUCCAGAGGCACAGAGACAUCCUCCAGGAUUACACACAUGAAUUCCACAAAACUAAAGGAAACUUCUUAGCCAUCCGUGAACGGGAAGACCUAUUAGGAUCUGUCAGAAAGGACAUUGAAAUGUAUAAAAGUGGUUCAGGUGUGAACAACAGAAGAACAGAGCUGUUUCUGAAGGAACAUGAGCACCUGAGAAAUUCCGAUCGGCUGAUGGAUGACACAAUAAGCAUUGCCAUGGCAACCAAGGAGAAUAUGACAUCCCAAAGGAGCAUUCUGAAAUCCAUACAGAGCCGAGUCAACACGCUGGCCAACCGGUUCCCAGCUAUCAACAGUCUCAUCCAACGAAUCAACCUCCGGAAGCGACGGGACUCCCUCAUCCUCGGCACUGUGAUUGGCGUCUGCACCAUUCUCCUCUUGUUCUACGCUUUUCACUGAAUAUUUCAAAGGAGCCAAUAGAUUGGCUCGUUGUUGUAUAGGACUCCCUGAAAAACGGCUCGGUGAUUGAGGACCCUGGAGACUCCUUAGCUCGAGGAUGUAAGAUCUGUCCAACAUGAUCUACUGAACUCAUAUCUUGCUGUGGGACAGAUGGACAGCUUACUGGUGGGUGGAAUAUUUUCCUGCUACAAGACAAAGGAAUAAAAAAGUACUAAAAACUUGUAUCAUAAUAAUUCCCUUCAAGAAACCAUGUGCUGAGAAAUUGGUGAACCGUUGGAAUAUGAUCAUGUUUUUUUUCACAUUUUAUUUGAAUGGUUCUUUUUAAUUGAUGUGCAAAUUGGACAUGGGUGUUCAUGUGAGUUAAUAAAUUAUUCAUAUCCAUUUGAUGUGCAAAUCAAGACGGCCUCAAACUUGAAGGUGUUUUUUUCCAAGUACAUAUAUGAUAUGAAACAUCGAAACACUGCAAGCUUGGACAAUUUGGAAUUUUAGUUACAUUUUCAAGGAAACCUCUAAAAUCGUGUCACAUACAUGUCAGUCAUUAGACAUCACACAAGACGGUGACCGAUAGUUAUUUGUUUUUAUGUUCUUAUUCAGGAAUGAAGUAAUCUGAAUGAUUGCAAUUCAGCUCCACAUCAACACAAACUGCAUCCACAAUAAGGAACACAGUAAAUAGUGCUCAAUGUUUUUAAAUGCUCAUUAAUGUUGAGCUUGUAUAUUGGAUCUCAUUGUGCAAAUGUUCUUUAUGAAGUGGCCGAUGAGUGUAUAUACGUGUGUGCGUGUAUUUGCAUUUUGCAAGUUGUACAUAGGUGUGAAUAUGAGUGUGACUUUUUGACGAUGGAUAACAGUUUAAGCAAAGCUAUACUUUUUAUUUUACAUUUUUGAUCACUAUUUUUAUCUUAUUUACUGACACAUUCCAAUCAGCCACUGGAAAUUUUGCAUUACAAUAGACAGCUCAACAUUUCCUUUAAAUGAGAACGGAAACGCCUGUUUAAAGUAUUUAGCAUGUAAACUUAAGACCACAACAACGCCAAGACACAAAAUCGUUAGCCAUGCAUGGUAACAUUUAUUCCAAACAUGCAAAAUGUACACCACAAAGAUGAAACCGGAGACAUUCAUUACAUUGGGAUAGUAAUACGUAUAAAAGUAAACCAACUGCUGAACGAAUUCAGUGUAAUGUUGAUAAAUGCUUUUAGUUCCGAUGUUAAUUGUUUUAAGCUUCGUACUAAACAAAGGCAAUCAUUGGAUUGGCUGCUUAUGAUUGUUUUGAUGAAAAUAAUCUGUAAGUAGUCAUGUAGCCAGAAAGUGAAGAUGUUGAACUUGGAAGGGUCAACAUUGUCUGUCUGGAAUGAGUUGCAUAGUUUUAUAAAUAUGAUUUGUAAGCAUCUGACAUUAUUAUUCCUGCAGAAAAUGUGAAUGAACAAUCUUUGUGUACCAAAGUUUGAGCCUAUGCUUGUAUUUGCUAUGUCAGUGUGGCAGCCUUGUGUGUGUGUGUGUGUGUGUUCACAGUGUACGACACAUUAUCUGUUAAAUUUGGAUUUUAAACUUUAAAUAAACCACAAAACUGUCUCUUACAAAAAAA